GAUUAAAACUUCAAAUUGAUUUGGAAGCUGUGUCACGCAGUUUCGUUUAGUAUAAUUUGAAAAAUAAUACAAUAAUAUAAAUAAGAUUAAUUUUCUACACCGUCUAAAGAACAGAACAUUCGUAUCAUGUACUUAGUAUGGGAAUACGUUUACUCAAUCUCACAAAUUUCAAAUAAUGCAACUAAAAAUACGGAUUGCAGUGUUGAAAACAGCUGAAACCUUGAACUGCACGUAGAAGUGUGUUUUAUUCGACUGCCUUCUGCCAAAUUGUAAAAGAAGAGACUAAUUGGUUUUGUUAUAUUAGUGUUUUCUAACUGCUACAUAUUAUCCUAUAUGAAAGAAUGGAUGUAGAAGUAGAUACAGACAGCGAUGAUUAUAUUACUGAUGAAGAGUUAGACUCUGUACAGAAACUUGCUGCGGUUUUGGAAGUAGAAAACGAUGACUCCGUUUCCGAGGAAAUCACAGCACCACUGCAAGGUAAACCUGCAACCCCUCAACCCUUGUUGUCGCAGCACACGACAUCUAAAUAUUCUCAACAAAGCUCCAAUGUAAGCGCAAGUGCAAUAGCUAAGCUUCAAAAAAUAGAUUUGGCCUUAUCGUUAAACAAGCAAAGUGAAGAAAAACUACGCAAAUUUGAAGAUUUACUCCUAACUAAAUUAGCAGAAUGUCGACGAAAACUUAAAUUUGUCCAAAAUAAGUCUCGCUUAAUGUUUGAUAAAGGCAAUGAGGUUUUUCGAUACAUUAAUUGUGGGCGACCUUACUUUAAGGAUCGCGAUAACAUUGCGGCUCCAGAUAAUGCAAGUACUUCAGUGGAAAUGAAAGAGAUGUAUGAUUUCUCCCUUGUCUUGUCAGUUCCUGGAUGGACAGUGAAAGACAAAAAUGAAUUCAAAGAUGAAAUGCAAAGAAUGUCUGUAAGCAUAAGAAAAGAUCAAUUGAAUUCAAAAAUCUCAGAACUAAAAAGAAAGCUUAAAGGGGAAAGAAACAAACAAAUAGAAACACAAAUAGCGAAUAUAAGAACACAGAUAAAAAAAUUACCUGAUAAGUCCUUAUGUGAAAUAGCACUACCAUUGGGCUAUGAGUAUGACUGGGAAACUAUUGCCGGAAGACUAAACCGAAGGCACACAGCAACAGAGUACAAAUCACUUUGGACAAUUUUUUAUCAUCCAUCUAUAAACAAAAACAGCUGGACUACAGAAGAACAUGAAAAAAUUAAGAAAUUAGCUGUAGAACAUAAUCUGCAAGACUGGGAUAAAAUAGCUGAACAAUUAAAUACUGGAAGAACUGGCUAUCAAUGUUUUGUAUAUCAUUGUACAAAUACAUGCAAUUCAACUGCUGGGAAAAGGUGGAGCGAGGAAGAGAUGACAUAUCUAAGAAGAUUAAUUGACUUUUUUAAAGAGGAUAAUUAUAUACCCUGGGGCAAGAUAGCUGCAGCUAUGGAAAACAGAACCAAACUACAAAUUUACAAUAAAUAUUUGAGAAUGAUUGAACAAAGAAAGGGCCGCUUUCUACCGGAGGAGGAUUCUGUUAUACUCAACUGUGCAGAUGGCUUUGGGCCAGAUUACAGGAGGAUGACGAAUUUUUUGCCUGGCAGAUCCAUGGUCCAAAUACGAGCGAGACAUCAAGUCCUGAGCAAAAUGCGUGUCUCAACAGUUUGGACUGUUGACGAUGACAGGAAACUCAUUCAAAUAAUGGCCAACCAAGAUUCACAAAUGAACUAUUCAAAUGUUAGUAAACAUUUUCCCGGUAGAAAUAGGAUCAAUAUAAGAACUAGGUACGUCACUUUAAAGAAAUGGAUGAAGAAGCAUCCCAACAUGGACAUAGAACAUGCACCUCGACGAGGUGCGCGCCGACUGAAUCACGGACAUGCCAGUAAUGAUUUAAACUCAGCACUUGAAGGUCUGAAAGACACAUUAAAUACAGCAGUUAAAUCAAGUCGAAGAAAAAUAACCAAAGAUUCACCAGAAAUAGACAUAGAGGACGGCAUUGUUGCUAUACUUGUCAAUGAAUUAGUAAGAGACAUGGAAAACACGAAACCUCAAGAGGAUUUACUUAUAGAUCAGGACUAUGUUGUAUCAUAUGAGGACUUAAACAUGACAAAUUUGCGUAAAUGUCUAAUAUUUUUAAAUUCUCAUUUGAGUAAAUCUCUUUAUGUUGCGAGCCGGUAUGCUACUCAGUAUCCAGAUUUAGGAGAGACUGUGAAUGAUGUAUCCCUAGUGAAAGUCAAGUCCUACUCGCGGAAGAACACCGUAAAAACUUAUAAGGUAGAUGACACUCCUAACAUUUGGGGCAAGCCAACCCUUCCGACGCGGGUCUACGUGAUGCCACCUCAUUAUGCUAAUAUAACUGGUAGCCGAACUAUCAUGGCCUAUGUGUCUUCUAGAGGGAAUGUUUUUGAUCAAAUGAAUUUUAACAUGUUAGUAAAGAAAUAUCCAAUGCUGAAGGAGCAGUUAGAUCUGCUGACUGAACGUUUUUAUUUAUUGUUUACUUGGCCUUUGCUUUUAUCUAAUGAAGGGCCAGACUUAGAAAUUAUGGACUCAAAGAAAUUAGAUUCGAAUUUCAUAAGACCACCGAGUUUGCCUCAACCGCCUGAAAUUACAAUUAACAUGAAAUGCAAGAAAAAGUAUAAGAACGUUGAAGUUACCGAAAUUAUAGACCUUGAUGAUGAAAAUAGUAAGGAUGAAUUAAGCGUUGAGGAAAGAACACCCGCUAGUGAUGAAAAUAGUGACUACUUGUACGAGGAAUAGUUACUGACGCAUGUGGUAAUUAAAAAUGUGUGUGCUGUGAAUUUUUUCAUGGAAGACAAUCAAGCAUUAAGCGCAAGAAUUCCGUAAACGCAUAAAACUACAUCAUCGCAGCUUCGUAACAUGCAAUAGGUAAGAAAAACGUAGUUU